AUGACCCAGUCAUCCAAUGAGCCCACCACAACCGCCAACAUUCCUUCAGCAAAGGCUUCUCUACGCACCUCAAGUACUAUACCUCUGCGGUCAAUAAGCGCUCAUUUGCAAUCAUCCUCGGGGCAAUUUGUCGGUGUUGAUUCUGCGAGCGAGAAAGGCAGUCGACGUUCCUCAUACUCGUCUGGUCACACUGUCGAGUCUACAUUCUCCGUUUGGACCGACACAGGUGACCUAGCCGAGCAGCUUGCAGAUGUAGAAGAGCCUCUUCAAAAUCGACUGCGGAAGUCUCUGGAUUGCGAAACGGCCAGUCCAGAAGGGUCUCGAGCCGGACUGAAGCGACAAAGGCGCGUGCGCUACAUAGCUCAAUCGCCCGCUGGUCGGACCGGUCUUGAGAAGAUAUCCAUCGACAUUCCCUCACCUGCGCCUAGGCGGAUUUCCAGGAUAGAGCGGUCUUUAGCUGUCAUCAUGUCUCCAAGCGAUAGACACACCGCCCAGAUACAUGGCUUGGUUGGGAAGCCCUUACUAUACUUUACCAGUGUUUUCGUCUCAUUAGGUGUUUUCCUUUUUGGCUAUGAUCAGGGUGUUAUGUCGGGUAUAAUCACUGGUUGGUACUUCAAGGAUUACUUCAACCAACCAUCGCGAGCUGCGAUCGGCACAGUCGUCGCCAUCCUUGAAGUUGGUGCAUUCAUUUCUUCCUUACUCAUCGGCCGGAUUGGCGACUUGAUAGGACGGCGGAAGACCAUCCUCUACGGCUCUAUCGUGUUCUCUAUCGGUGGCGCUUUCCAGACCUUCGCAACUGGUCUACCCAUGAUGAUGCUCGGCCGUAUUGUUGCCGGCCUAGGCGUCGGAGCAUUGUCAACAAUAGUACCAGUUUAUCAAUCAGAGAUAUCCCCGCCUCACAACAGGGGCAAAUUAGCGUGUAUUGAGUUUACCGGCAAUAUCUGCGGAUACGCGGCUAGUGUGUGGGUGGACUAUUUCUGCAGUUACAUCGACAGCAACUAUGCGUGGCGUUUGCCACUGCUAUGCCAAUGCAUUAUGGGUACCCUCCUUGGCCUAGGAAGUCUCAUCAUAUGUGAAUCGCCGAGAUGGUUGUUAGAUAAUGAUCACGAUGAAGAGGGCAUGGUGGUCAUUGCCAAUUUAUAUGGGCAGGGGGAUUUGCACAACGACAAGGCCCGGCAGGAGUAUCGAGAAAUCAAGAUGGACGUCCUUCUGCAACGGCAGGAAGGUGAAAGAUCCUACACUGAUAUGUUUAAGCGUUAUCGCAAACGAGUCCUCAUCGCAAUGUCAGCUCAGGCAUUGGCACAGCUGAACGGUAUUAAUGUGAUAUCCUAUUAUGCCCCGCUCGUCUUUGAGUCAGCAGGCUGGGCGGGUCGCGAUGCUAUUUUGAUGACUGGAAUUAAUGGGCUCUCGUACCUUGCCUCAACAGUUCCCCCAUGGUAUCUCGUUGACCGCUGGGGAAGGCGCCCGAUCUUGCUUUCCGGGGCCGUUGCAAUGAUUAUUUCUCUCUCUCUGAUAUCUUACUUCAUCUAUAUCGAUGUUGCAGCAACCCCAACUCUGACUGUUAUUUUUGUCAUGAUUUACAACGCCUCGUUCGGCGCAUCCUGGGGCCCUAUCCCCUGGCUGUACCCUCCCGAGAUCUUGCCCCUGAGCAUCCGUGCCAAGGGGGCCAGUCUUAGCACAGCUACGAACUGGGCUUUCAACUGGCUCGUCGGAGAGGUGACUCCUGUCCUUCAGGCAGCGAUCAAAUGGCGCCUUUACCUUGUCCAUGCCUUCUUUUGCGCUUGUAGUUUUGUACUUGUAUACUUCCUCUAUCCCGAAACGAGCGGUGUACGUCUGGAAGAUAUGGACGUCCUCUUUGGAGAUGCAACUACUGCUGUGCCAACACCCGCGACACAAGCUGAGCGUGGGUCGCUUAUGAGCGGCGGCUCGCCCGUGCCUUCCCUGGACAUCAGACGGCAGUAUGGUCAGUUUGGAACGGAAAGCGCCAUUCCUGGUUUAGAUAUUGAUCCACCUAACAUCAACACCCAUGAGAAUUCUAAACCUGCAGGGCUUAAUCCUUUGGAUGAAAGCAGCGGACGGCCUGAAGGUAUUGGCGGCUGGAUUUCAAAUAUGGUCAGUCGCCACAGAGCACCAGGACCGCAAGCGAAAAAUAAUCAGUAUAGACGUCUGGGGCAAGAGGAGAGUGAGAACGAUUAGAACGGUCCUUGAUUGUAUAUUCAUCUCGUGCUCCUCUUCGUUUCCGAGAAUUUGUUGCUUCUACAGUACUAAUUCUCUUCUUUUCUAUUGCGCUUUUGGCGAUAUAUCUACUCCUUCUCUUUGUGGUCACGCCGUUGCUUCACCUUUCUCUUCUCCUUUGACCAAGGGGUACAGAGGUUUGGCGGCAACAACCAAUCUUGCUUUGGUGUAUCUAUGUUGUGUUGUGGAUAGAACUAGACGGCGCGGAUUUGACCACAUAGGUCAGUACGGGCUUGUUUCUUCUUCGGCAGUGUCUAUGUACAUGUGAUAUAGCGGCCUGAAUUUCUCCAAUGUAUGAGGGCGUUCAUUAGAUCUUGAAUUCUGUUAAUAACUUAUUG